AUGGAAUAUUCAGACUCGGAUCAGGUCAUUCAAGUACUAGAUGGCAUCGUGAGCACACGUGUAAUACAUCACCCAGACAGGGCUUUCGCCUUUGAAGUCACACUUGAUCUACUAAAAGGUGCCAAAUUCUUUGCUCAAAAGCCUCCACUUCACUUUCACGCAAAUCAAGCCGAGUAUAUCCAGGCAAUCCAAGGGAAAACAGGACUUGAGCUGGAAGGGCGGGAAAUUGUGCUUUCGCCAGGCUCUCCGGAAUAUUACAUUGGAAGCUGGGUAAACCACCGCUCAUAUCCCAUUUCCAUACCCCUUCAAGACGGCGUGGAAAAGGUGAAGUUUCUAUUAUCGGGUGCUAAAACCCCCGAGCCCUUCCAGCUCAACACUCUGUUCUUCGAAAAUUGGUACAGAUACCAGGAAAACGUAUUGAGUACAGGCAAGAGGAUUGACCUCAUUCAGAUCCUUAGCACGUUUGACGGUGGAGGGACAUACCUAUCCCCCCCAUCCUGGAUGCCUUGCGGUGGAAGAAUAUCACAGAUAUUUGGUGUCGUUGUGGGCAGGUGGUUGGGGGGCCUCUUGGGGUACCAGCCCUUUUAUCGAGAAUGGUCCUCUGAUUGGGAGCUCGCCUGUCGUCAAAUGCAGACUUCCAUAUUCCAACGGCGGUUUGCGAAGUUCCAUAAGGCGGAUUGA